GGAUCCGACUCUGGAGGCCAUCAAGCAGAAGAGGCUGGCCGAGCUGGGUGCUCAGGAGGGCGGCAUGCCCCAGAGCGCGGAGGAUGCCCAGGCCGCGCAGGAGCGCGCCGAGGCCAUGCAGGAGCAGCGCGCGGCCGCAAUCGCGUCGCUGAUGGAGCCCAAGGCCAGGGAGCGCCUCGCUCGCAUCGCGCUCGUCAAGCCGGAAAAGGCGCAGGCGCUCGAGAACAUGCUCCUCCAGGCGGCGCAGAGGGGCCAGCUCGGCGGCAAGGUCACGGAGGACGCGCUGAUCGGCAUGCUCGAGAAGAUCAACGGGGGAUCGGGCGAGGGUGGCGGCCGGGGCGGCCCCAAGAUCGAGAUGCGACGCAGGAAUGUCAUGGACGACGACGAUUGGUGA